AUGCAUCUCCUUCAUUCUCUAUGGGCAUUUCUUGCCCUGGCGUCGAUGGCCUGCGCCGCUCACACCUCCAACUGGGCAGUCCUGGUCUCGACGUCUCGAUUCUGGUUCAAUUAUCGUCAUCUUGCGAAUACUCUGUCCCUGUACCGUACCGUCAAACGCCUCGGUAUUCCCGACUCUCAAAUCCUCCUCCUCCUCCCGGAUGACAUGGCCUGCAACCCCCGAAACGCCUUCUCGGGUACCGUAUACUCGAACGCCGAUCGACGAAUGGAUCUAUACGGCGAGAACGUCGAGGUGGACUAUCGUGGGUACGAAGUUACGGUCGAGAACUUCAUACGUCUGUUGACGGACCGGUGGGAAGAAGGCGUGCCGGCGAGCAAGAGACUACAGACGGACGAAGGGAGCAACAUCCUCAUCUACAUGACGGGUCAUGGCGGUAGCGAGUUCCUCAAGUUUCAGGACAGCGAGGAGAUCUCGAGCUGGGAUUUGGCAGAUGCGUUCUCGCAAAUGAGGGAGAAGAAGAGGUACAAUGAGAUGCUGUUCAUGAUCGACACGUGUCAGGCAAAUACGUUGUACCGACAGUUUUAUGCUCCCGGAGUCAUCGCGACGGGUUCUUCUGAAGAGGAUGAGAGUUCGUAUUCUCAUCACGCCGACAAUGAUGUUGGCGUUGCGGUCAUUGAUCGCUGGACAUAUUACGUUUUGGAAUUCCUAGAGACACAAGUCACUGGCCCGACGUCCGACAAGACACUUGGUGACCUCUUUGACAGCUAUGAUGUUGGCAAAAUUCAUUCCAAUCCAGGAGUCAGGUGGGAUUUGUUUCCUGGAGGAGAACAAGCGGGGAGAAGCAGGAGAGUGGUUGAUUUCUUCGGAAAUGUUCAGAGUAUCGAGGUUGAAGGAAAUAGGACGAGUCUGGAGUCGCUCAAAGAGGACCUUGAAGGCUUGAAGCGUCUGGUCGAGGAAUACGAGACAUUUGCUACGGCACAAGAGAGCAACGGCACCGAAAUGUCAGAUGUUGUUCAACGAAGAAAUCGAGAGGCGACCUCAAGCAAGAAAGUGCCCAAGACGCACCAACAGAGGAUUGGAAAAUUGAAGUUGUCGGAAAACGAGCAGUGGACACGACAACUCGGAGGCGCUACCGUUCUUUCAGGGCUCGCAGCACUGUGGUAUUUCGCCCCAAAGCUUAUGUGA